ACACGUUCGAGUUCAUCACCGUUCCCCAACCGACGAUUGUGAAGUCUGCACGGUCUUCCUGGUCUCAGUCUCGCGCCGCACACAUUUCCCAGUCGAUGCGUGUUCUCUUCUCGCGUUGACUAUGAUAUUUUUUCAGUGCACCGACAAUUGGUUCCUCAGCUUCCUGUGUUUGUGCGGUUGUCUGUAGUGACAAUAUUAUUGUUAUAACUUUACACGGCCACAGAUGACCGAUCUAUGACAUUUGCAGCUAACAAAUUAAGUUUAUAAUACAUUUUUUCGUGGAAUUUUUUGACCUCACUGCAACCGACAAUAAACCGUGGAUUGUGUACCUACCUACAACGGACUUCAGUUAUAGAAACUGGCAAGGUUUAAUCGUAAUAACAUGCCAAGUUGAAAAACGGCAAAUAAUGUCAUCGACCAAGGACAAAAUAUGGUUGUAUAUCGGAAUGGUUGGAAAAUAUAUUGGUUGUCACUAGUGAUUUUAGUACAGUUUUCUGUAGCCAAUAAACCCCCACAAUUUGUUACCGACUGGCAAACCGAAAUUAUUGUUCGGCUAAAAGAGGGUCCUGAGACUCCUAUUGGAAGCCUCAUUUAUCGGGUUCGUGGUAUUGACCCCGAUGCCGAUAAAUUAAUAUUUGGUGUUCGAGAGCCAGGUGAUAAAGUUAUAAGAGUUGAAAACUUUGGGAGAAGUGAAGCUAACAUUUAUUUAAAAAUUGAAUUAGAUCGUGAGACUAAAGAUGAAUAUUCACUUGUGUUGACAUUGACUGAUGGUCACUUGGGAGAUGGAAAUUUUAUUACUCAAAGUUUUUUAUUAAUUGUGGAUGACAUAAAUGACAAUGCGCCUAUAUUUAAGCCAUAUCAAAACACAAUAUUCGUACCUGAGGAUAGUCCACCCACGGUGAUUGCAACGGUCGAGGCCACCGAUGCAGAUGAAGGCCCAUAUGGACAGGUGGUUUACCAUUUACAAGACUCGGAUUCAAUAGAAAGUAGAUUAUUUUCGAUAUCUACACUUAAUGGCCAAGGCGUAAUACGUCUUGUGGGAAGCUUGGAUUAUGAAAAAACAUCGCUACAUCAAUUGAAAAUCUUGGCUGUUGAUCGUGCAACCGUUGAGAAGAGAAAAACCGGUACAGCUGCCAUAUUUGUAAAAGUACAAGAUGUUGAAGAUCAACCUCCCGAAUUCAUUGUUGUAACACCAGUAGCAAGAGUAAGCGAAGAUGCGCCACCAGGGACAUCAAUAAUUCAAGUAAAAGCAAUUGAUGGAGAUCGCGGUAUAGAUAAUCGCAUUGUGUAUUCAAUCACUCGUGGGGGCAAUGGAAUGUUACAAGUUGAACCAAAUUCUGGUAUUGUUUACACAACGAACAUUUUGGAUCGAGAGGAUCCGCUUAUUAUUAAAACUGGUGCCAUUAUUAUUGAGAUUAUGGCCACUGAAGAAUCGAAAAACGUGUUUCCUAAUCCUUCAACAAAGACGGAAGUCACCGUAAUAGUUACGGACGUAAAUGAUGAAACACCGACAUUUCGUAGUCCUCAAUACAUUGCCGAAGUUAACGAAAAUUCCCAACAAAAUACUCCUGUAAAUUUUAUUGGAGACUCAAUACCCCAAGUUUAUGAUUACGAUCAAGGUAAAAAUGGAACUUUUCGUUUACGAAUUCAACAAGGACGAAUUGGAUACUUCGAUAUUACACCUUCCGAAGGUAUAAAUGAAGCAUCAUUUUUGAUUCGAGUGAAUAGGACAGCUGAUUUAGACUAUGAACUUGUUAAAGUUAUUAACUUUACAAUUGUUGCUAUUGAAACAAUAGCUAAAAAUCCAAAAUAUAGCGUUGUUCCCGUUUCUGUUUACAUUCGAGAUGUUAACGACAAUUACCCAGAGUUUUCACGUCCUAUUUAUGAAGUUUUUGUAUCUGAAAAUUCUGUAUCCGGUAAAACUAUUGGGAAAGUUGAAGCCACUGAUAAAGAUUCUGGUGUCUUUGGAACAAGCGGUAUACGGUAUACAAGUAUAAGAGGAAGUUGCGCUGAUUUUCUUAAGUUAAAUGCAGAAUCUGGAGAAAUUAUAAUAAAAUCUGACAGACCUGUAUUUGAUCGAGAACAAAUAUCUAAACACUUUUUAACAAUCGAAGCACGGGAUGAUUUAGGUUUAGGAAAUAGGAAUUCUGUUCAGUUAAUAAUCAAUGUAGAAGAUGUUAAUGAUAACUCACCACGAUUUCUUUCUUCAAAAUAUGAAACACGACUUAAAGAAAAUCAUCUGCUUUUUGAAUCUCCAGUCACUGUGGAAGCAAGAGAUUUAGAUUUAAAUGGUACAAAAAAUUCGGAAAUAUCAUACCGUAUAUUGCAUUCCGACUAUCCAGUUGAAUGUUUUUCAAUUGACUCCAUUACUGGUGUUCUAAAACCAAUAAGACCAGUAGACUUUGAAAAGCUACAAAAUCGGAAAAGUACUAACAAUAUUAACGGAAAUUUGAGACCAAUCAACUUGGUGAUUCAAGCGCAAGAUCACGGAUUGCCAUCACUAUCCGAUGAAACUCAUGUAAUUGUAUAUGUAGAAGACGUUAACGACUUUGGACCAAAAUUCGAAAGCAGUAGUUAUGAAACAAUAAUUUCUGAAGAUUUAGUCGGCGGUAGCACUGUAUUAGAAGUAAAUGCUUGGGAUGAAGAUGGAUCCGCUCCAAAUAACGUUGUAGUAUAUAGACUUAGUAGUGGAGCAGAAGAUAAAUUUGUAAUCGAUGCAUAUUCAGGAGUGAUAAAAGUCGCACAUGGAGCAUCUUUAGACCCAGAUAAGACUCAACCAAAGACAUAUGCAUACUAUUUAGAAGUUGUGGCAAUUGAUGGAGGGAUUGGUGAUCAGCAACUUAGUUGUAUUGUUAAUGUAACGAUAAAAAUUCAAGAUGUAAAUAAUAAACCCCCGUUUUUCAAAGAAAUGGAACCGGUUCACAUGAAUGAAAACGAAUUGGUUGGUAGCGCAAUCACAAAAAUUGAAGCAGAAGAUCCAGAUGCAAAACCGGUGUUGAGAUAUAAAAUUGAUGUGAAUGCUUCAGAAGCAAGAAAUGAAGAUGGAGUGAUCGUUAGACCUACAGAUUAUGAUUGGCCAUCAGCAUUUGCUUUAAAUCCCGUAGAUGGAUAUCUAAGAGUAGGCAAAUUACUUGACAGAGAAAAAGUUGAAACUAUCCGGUUGGCAAUCGUCGUUGAAGACAUAGCUGCAGUUAAUGGUAAACAAAUGGUUCAAACUAUUUUAAUUGUCCAUGUUGAUGACGAAAAUGAUAAUGACCCAGUGUUCCGUCAAAAGUUUUAUAAAAGAACUGUGAUGGAAAACAGUCAACCUGGUGUACCUAUCAUCACCGUAAUGGCAGACGAUGCCGAUAAAAAUAGAACAAUUCAUUAUUCAAUAGAAGAUUCAUCAAUGGAUGCUACAGAUUUAAUUAGACUAGAUCCUGAGUCUGGGGAAAUUGUCGUGGCGGGUCGUAUUGAUCAUGAGCAAGUACAUUGGAUAAAUUUUACUAUCCGAGCAUCAGACAGCGGAGUUCCAGUACGGUCUUCGUUUGCAGAUGUUAUUUUACGCGUGAUUGACGAAAAUGACAAUAAUCCAUAUUUUGUUGAAGAUACACCCACCAACAUAACAAUUCCAGAAAACACUCCAAUUGGAUCAUCGAUAGCUAUAAUUACAGCAAUGGACGCAGAUUCUGGCGAUUUUGGUAAAAUAACAUAUUUGUUGGAUCGUCUAUCAUCGCAGGGGAAAUUCACAAUUGAUACAAAUAACGGAGUAUUGAAAGUAGCCGAUACGUUGGAUAGAGAACAAACAAGUACCUAUAAUUUAAUUGUUGAAGCAUGGGAUAAUUAUCAGUUCGGAUACAUUUCCGGCGAAAGUCGGAACGCCUUCAAACAAAUUAUGGUGAUGAUAUCUGAUAUAAACGACAACGCUCCGUUAUUCGAUCAUUUACCUUCCGAAUGUGUCAUUGUCACAGAGUUUCAUACCGUUGGCGAUAUGAUUUUAUUGAUAAAAGCUACAGACGCAGACGAUCCAACUACAGCUAAUGGUCGAAUAAUGUUUUCUAUCGAAGAUGGGAAUGAAAGAGAGUUAUUCGGUUUACAUAACGUUGAUUAUUGGUCGGGUCGUUUGUAUACAACUUCGUCGUUAAAAAAUCUCUAUGGAAAUUACAGUCUUCUCAUUCGAGCACAGGAUGGUGGUGACCCUCAAAAGUCAAGUUUAACCACUGUAAACGUUUGUGUUACAGACGUCAAUGAUAAUGCUCCCCGUUUCGUGUCACCUCCAUACAAUGUAACCGUUAGGUUACUUCAAAAUAUGACAAUUGGAAGCUCGGUAAUUACAGUGAAAGCUAUUGAUGACGAUGUCGGCCAAAAUGCAGAAGUAAGGUAUCGUCUUAAACAGGAUCUAAUGGGUGAUUGGAAAACAUUUAUGGUAGAUGAGACUACUGGAUUAAUCACAUUAAAAAAAUCAUUAAACAAAGAAAUCCAAAAAAUCUAUCAGAUUCGUAUAGAAGCUUAUGAUCUUGGUAUACCAACACCUUUAUCAUCUGAUUUAGAACUUACAAUUCACGUGCGUAGUACUAACGACUUCCAACCUAGAUUCUUGAUUGACGAGAUCACCGUCAAUUUCACUGAACACCGUGAACCAGGAUCUGAAUACUGGCAACUUAUUGAUACAGUUGAUCGAGAAGAGUUAAAUGAUUUAGAAAAAACACCACCUCCGGUUUGUUACUAUGUGAUUUUUGGAAACGAUGAAAACCGAUUUAUUGUUGAACCUCUUAACCAUAGAAUUUCUGUUGCUUAUGAACUCGAUCGUGAAGUUAAAGAAACUUACGAACUAAUUGUGAAAGCUAGUGAAGAUUGUUUGCAUUCUCCACCGCCGAGUCACGGUUUUAUUCAAGAUGAUGAUAGUUUACUUAAAGUUUUGGUUUUUGUUAAUGAUAUAAAUGAUCAUGCACCGGAAUUUGUGAAAAGAGUAUUUACCGGUGGCGUAACUACUGAAGCAGAUUUUGGUACAGAGUUUAUGCAAAUAAAGGCAACCGAUGCGGAUAAAGGAAACAAUGCUGAAUUGUCAUAUUACAUAGUUCCUGGUUCUUUGGAAGUAUCACUAGCUGAAGGAUUGGAUAGUAUACAAUAUCCCCCAUUUUUGGUGGACAUUGCUACGGGAGUGAUAUUUUUAAAUUUUGAUCCUCAAAAAGGAAUGAAAGGUUACUUUGAUUUUCAAGUAAUGGUUAAUGAUACUGGUGGGUUAUACGAUACGGCACGAGUACUAAUUUAUUUAUUGCGCGAAGAUCAAAGAGUCAGGUUUGUUGUGCGACAGAAUCCAUCACAGCUUCGAGAGAAAGUUGAAAUAUUUAGAGAAAUUUUAGGAAACGUUACUGGAGCUAUAGUAAACGUUGACGAGUACAAAGUUCACGAAACCCACGACGGCAGAGUAGACAAAACAAGAUCAGACAUGUACCUACAUUUUGUCAAUCAUAACGAUAAUUCUAUUAUGGAAGUUCCACAUGUGUUGCGAAUUAUAGAUGAAAAUAUCGAGCAUCUAGAUUCUUUGUUUAAAGAGUUCAACGUACUCGAUACACAAGCAGCUGAACCAGAACCAUUGCGUCGAGCUUCAAUGAAAGACGACAAUGUGAUUUGGAUGUGGUUGGUCGGUACUACAUUUUUCUUGGGGUUAUUAUUAAUAGUCGUCGUGUCUAUUUGCUUGUCGCAACGUUCCAACUAUCGUAGACAACUCAAAGCGGCUACUAUAAACGCAUUUGAUCCUAGAACGUCCGAUCAUAUUAAUUCAGCUGCAAUCGGUGGACGUGUACCCAAUACGAACAUGCACAGUGUGGCGGGGUCAAAUCCUAUGUGGAUGCAAGCAUAUGAAAACGAAUGGUACAAAGACAGAGAGACUCUAAGUCAAACGUCGGAACGUGACUCUUUGGACGAUAAUACUACUACCAGUACAACGUCGCCCCAACCAAUAGAGCGGUCAACGACUACAUUAUUUAUCAAAAGUAACGAGUGCAACAUACACACGGACAGUACUGAUAACUUCUACGAACGGACAAGAAUUACGGUGAAGAACUUGGAAACUACAGAGUUAUGACAUUCGGUUAAACAAGUACGAUGAAGUAACUGCAGUUAAGGAUCAGCUAAGUUCCUUCGCGCUCAAUACACGGUGACCCAACCGGAGAAUAUACCAACAACGAUUAUUAUUUUUUUUUCACAUCAUAUAUCUAAUAUACAAAAUAUAUUAUAUUUAAUGUUUUAAGGCUGA